CUUUAAAUUAAAACCACAACACUCGAUCUCCUCUUCAUAAUCCUCAGCUCCUCACAACUUUAUCAUUAAGUUAAAAUGAAUAAACCCGAUCACAGCACAUCUUCAGCUGUAGUGGAAAAACCUCCACAGGGGCUGUACACAAGCCCGCCGCCGCUUGGUUAUCCGACCAGAGAUGCGAUGGUGGGUGAUCCUCAGGCGGCCGCAGUGGAGACGAAGUCUAAGGGCGAUGGGUUUUGGAAAGGAUGGUAUAUACAUAUUCUUUCAAUUUACUUUUGUAUGAUUAAUACGCUGAUCAAUUCUUUUUUUUUGCAAAAUAUUCAAUAAUUAAAGCAUGGACUACUGUUACGUAGGUUGCUAAAACAAAUUUUGUGUGUUUUAGGUUUUCAGAAACUGAUGCUAUUUUAAAUUAACUCAUAUUCCCUACCAAAAAAUUGCAAAGAAAAUAAGAGGAAACUAAUGUAAGUGGUCUUGUCUUUUGGCAGUUGUGCUGCCAUAUGCUGCUGUUGUGUUCUGGACGCAUGCUUCUGAGACUUCGGAGUUAACGAUUUCAUGGAAAUUAUUGCUGUAAUAAAAGAAGUUUAUAUUUGAUGAAAAACAAAAUUUAUAUUUGAUGACAGUUGUUGUACUUAAUUACUGUGUGUGUAGAAUAUACUCUAUGGAUGGAUUAUGUUCAAAUAUCUAUAUUAUUAAAAUUGAAGUA